AUGGAACUCGUACCAACAUUGAUCAGAUUAUCGACAGAUGGUCAUACCUUCAAAUACUGUCUGCCAUAUUCAUCCGAACGUAAACCUCCGAACGUAGAAAUUCACUGGGCCUCGAGCUCCAAGUCUACUACUCGAGCUCGAGGAAGAUCUUUGACUCCUUCAAGUUCAAGAAUCGUCCACUUUGCAGAACAAGACAUGGGAGAGGAGGGUGACAUUAACACUCAGUACCAUGAGAUGUUGAAUACUCAGAACCCUGAGUUAUCUCGUCGUGGAGCGGCUAAAAAUCACCAUGAUCUUCCAACCACUCAACCCACUACUACUCGCCAAACUAGGCCGGCUUCUAUUGAGCAGCACUCCGCCGUCGCCGGACCAUCCUCACUUUUUCAACGAACCAACGAACCCCCCCAUCAUGCGAUGCCUGACUUCACCCAACCCCCGAAGCAUCGAAAGGUUUACAAUGAGGACUUUUACCUUGAAUUAUACACUUCCUAUGGCCCAUCUAAGCUACGUUGCCCUCCGCAGUUACCAGCCCAACACACGGCCAGCAUAGGUCACUUCCUUCUACAUGUUAUCGACGGGCAGAAUGCCAUUCAGGUUUGGCGCAUUGACGGGUUCGGUCCUGAUGGCCACACUGAGUGGGUCGACGUGGUGGAAGGUGAUGUCGAGUUAAUCAACGGCAAAGAGUAUCGCCUUGCGUAUAGUGGGGGUAUGUUGGGCUGGGUAACAAACAACACGGUAGAUCGACAGGCCAGGAGGAAAAGCAAUGGCAAGGGGAAAGCUAAGGCAUAA